AUGGCCUGCUGCGCCGGGCCCUGGACCGCCAAGCUGGAGGACUGUUGGGCAGGACUGCUCGAUGGAAUCGGCGUUCGGCUGUGCGAGGGUGCUGAAUCGAUGGAUUCCAAAAAUGGGUAA